AUGGCCGCCUUGGGAGAGGCAUUAGAACUCUGCACGUGUUUCAGUGAAAAAGACUUGUUAUCUGUCGAUUCAGACGGUCUCACUGGCCAUGUCAUCAUUACGUGCAAAACCAACUCAAUAUUUGUCUUCAAGUUGGAUGACCAGAAGGCUAUACACAGCUGGUCAGUAAGGAGAGGACUUGUUAUUACCAGUCCAUCCAGAUGGACCAGUGGUAACAGUUAUAUUUCAGUCAUUAACAAACAAAAUAUUCACACCUGGAGUAAAGAGGACUUAAACUUCGAAAAGUCAACCAAAAAACAUCUUAAAUUCCCUAUACAUGAAAUUUUGACCACAGAAGGAUGGGACCCUGUAGCAGUGUGUGAGGAUGGUUCUGUGGACUUCGUUGACAAUAUAAAGAACUCAUACAAAGGAAAUAACUCUGAUGUUAAACAGGACACAAUUUUCUCUUGUGGAAUCACAGGCACAAAUAAUGCUGUCUGUGUGAUUUGUUUGUCACAACAAAAGGACUCUGAAUUUACAAUAACCCACUACUGGUACAAACGUGCCACAAAGACAUGGACAGUGCUGGUCACUACAGAAAUAUGUCCAGAGAAAGUCCGAUGUACAUCCAGCCAUUGUCACACAGCUGGAUCAACAACGCGACUUUACUGUUCAUUGUCCAAUGGGAGUAUGGUGGUUUUAGACCUGUCACAUGAGCAGGCUGACCCUGUAAGAUGUACAGUGCAGACAUUACCAGGGGUUGGGAGGUCAGUGACCUUCACUGUCUUGGAUACUCACCACGUGGCAGUGACUGGUACAACACAGGGCCAACAAGAAGGUAUUGGAAUCUUUGAUCUCCAGUUUGGUACUUUAAAAGCAUGGCGACCCUAUCCUGGAGUUGUUCAACCUGAUGUCAAAAUAUACAGUCACCAUGGUAAUGUGCUGAUCGCUUGUGGUAACUCUAUGUACAUGCUACCCUUCACCUGCCAGAAGUCCACUGUGUCCAGUAUCCUAGGCCAGCAUCAACAACUGAGCACUGGUGAAACCAGACAUACACUCCCAAAAUGUUUUGAUUGGCCAAUAGAUGGGAGCAACCCUAUAAAGGAACAGAUGUCAAACCAGCAAAAGGCAGAGGAGCUGGCAUCCUUACUGUGUGACCAAGAAAAGACUAAAACACAUAAAAACUUUCACACUACCUUCUGGAAACUGAUGGGAUGUGUGAAGGAAUUUCAGAGUACAUGGUACAUGAGUCCACUGUUUACGGAUGUCCUAACACGAUGUGUGACUGAGAAAAAGUUCUGGCCAAAGGAAGAGAUCGCUGAGCUGAUGAAAAUCUACAGCAUGCCUAUAAGUGUUAUGCCGAAGUUGGUGGAGGCUCUGAUACAGCACGGUGAGAUCUGUCUCCUACAUACUUUUCUACAGAGUGUGUCUGAGGUGCCCGAGGUGUGUCUGUGUAAGGCCCUGCAGUACUAUAUUACGGCAGAAGAUGAAGAUUUAGCUAAAGCAGCACACAAACUGUGUAUUGACAAAUUACCAUCAGAUGACAAGAAGUCAUUUAGAGCUCAUAAGGCAUACUUUGUAAACUCUGUGCUGAAGGAAGCAUUCAAUGACGUAUUCUUAGUGGAUUAUUUGAAGUCUCUUGAUUUUAAAAAUGUUUUGGUCGUGUUGGAACACCUUCAUCUCAUGUUGGGAGAUCAGCUGGAAGAUUUAGGAAAUGAGGAAGACAAAAUAUCAUUGGAAUUGGUAGAGAUGGAGAAAGAGGAAGGAGAGGAAGAAACAGAAGAAGAUACUAAAAGAGAAGAAGAUAAAGAAGACAGGAAAAUCCAAACAUUGUGUCAGCCGACCAUACCACAGAUUGCUGACUGGAUCUGUGUGUUACUUGAUGCUCACAUCACCCAGCUUAUUAUCUCCCCUGAUGCACGAUUACUUCUCAUAAAUCUCCAUACAUCUGUGGCCUCACAGGUUCAGUUUUAUGAUGAGUUGUCAACUCUUGAGGCACUCCUAGACCAACUGAAGGCCAAGUGUUCUGUCACAUCCAAGAAGGCGGUCGGUCAGUACUGUGUAGAAGUUCUUCACAUCCAUUGAUCCCAUUUCACAAAUAAAGAUGAUUACUUUACACUA